AUGCCUUGUGUGUCGCGGGACGAUGCGAAGAUGGAUGCGGAGGACCCUGAGCGUGCCCUGCCGGCUGCAGCCCAAACUCCGACCGUGGCUCGUUCUUCCACCAGCCCCGAUGCACACGGCAAUGCCUCCUCCACCAACAAGCCGCCGCGCAAGAGGAAGCGCAAGCCGCGUCCGCCGCCUGCCCAGCCGGGCCUGCGCUGGCUCAACUCGACCGAUCCCAGCCAGUUCCGGGAUGCCCGCGUGCGCAAGACCGUCCGCUCGCAUGUCAUGUACGAUCACGCUGCCCGCAAGAAGACGUCCGCCGAAGACCCCAUCGCCCUCGUGCACCUCUGCCGCCACUCGAACGCCCCGGCUCACCACCAUGACGACGCCCUCGUGCCCGCGCCGCUCGCUGCCCGCCACGCCGCCGAGCCGCCCGCCGAAGACGGCAACCACCUGGCAAUCUCGCUGCUCGACCGCCUGGCCUCGCACCUGGACCCCCUCGGCCAGCUGCCGGGUUUCGCCGCUCCCAAGCAGCAUGUUCGUGAGCUGCAGCAGUUCUGCGUCGAGUACUUUGCAUCAACCAUUUACCGCGUUGCACCAAUUGAGAAUAGCAACAUCUUCCUGGCCGGCAUGUGCAUGGCAUCUGCACGCCUUGACGUCCUCAGAGGCCUCCCCCGCGAGAGCGCCACCACUGCUGCUGUGAAGCUGGAGGCCGUCCGGUUGCUGAACCACAGCCUGAGCAAUCCAAGCAUCCAGCUGAACGACGAGACCAUUAUGAUUCUAACCAGAGUCCUGCACAGUGAGGUCAUUCAUGGCAAUUUCGCCGUGCUGGAAGUCCACAAGAAAGGUUUGGAGAGGAUUGUGCAGUUGAGAGGCGGCUUUCAACGCCUCUACAAUGACUCGCCGGCAUCGCGUUGGCUCUGCAAUGCCAUAGUGCACGUGGUGUAUCAAGCAUGCAUCCACACAGAACAGCAGCCUGCGCAGAUAUUUCUGGAUUGGAAACCCGCUACUUACGACCUCAGCGUGCCCCCGGACGAGCAAGAGGCCGACAAGGCAAUACAUCUCCCAGAUAGGAUCUGGGCCUCGCUUGUCAAGGACUAUCGAUGCUCAAAGUACACAGCAGAGCUUCUAGAGGAUCUUCGGGAGGCCGUUGACCUAAUCCUGUCACCCAACAACACCGAGGAAACUGUGUCUGGCGGAGAAGGCUCCGCCAGACAUGAUGCACAGUCCGUCCAAGCGCGCUCUUUUCUCAUGAACCGCAUUCUAUCGAAGCCAUCAGCAGAGGAUCCUGAGAGCCCCGUCUUUGGCGACUGGUAUUACGAGUCCCUUCGCAUCCUAUCUCAUAUCUACGCCAACGCCUUCUUCCACAUGGUCCCCUUCUCGGUUGCUGCCAUACUUGCCAGCGAUACCUUGAUCCCGUCGCGCCUACUGUCUGUGCCGGAGCGUCUCAAAGCAACGAUUGAGAAGACGCAUCCCGAUCCUAAUCAUUGUUGGGGACCUUCAAUGACUCGAGUCUUACUAUGGAUGACUGUUGUGGGAGGCGCCGCUGCAAAUCCCUUGGCAUCCCAAGUCACGGAACGAGACGUCAGGGCCAAACUCUGUCCUGGGCUUGAGACUGCGCGGAGAUACCUCAUAUCUCUCGGCCUCAGAAGCACAAUUGUGCUUGCAUGCCAGUCCCCAUACUCUCCAGCACACGUGCUAGAUGUCCUACGGAAAGUCAUUCAGAUCCAGGGACAACUCCCCACACAGAGGCCAGAGAUUGAGAUGGCUGGUUUUGGAGACCGCACACAGGGGCAGGGCCCAGAGCUCCAACUUACAAUACCCACCGAUGCUAUGGGCUAUUCCGGGGAGAACAGAAGAGGUUCGGCUGAGUAA